UCUAGCAGUGUUAGUUCCACCAGACAAACACAACGUGGUAUACACAGCCACUGGGAACUUUGCUCUUUCACACACACAGGACACACACACUGGACACACACACACACACACACACUGGACACACACACACACACAUCGGGGACACACACACUCUGGGAAGAUUUGUUCUUGCAGACCGCAGCAGAGAGACAGCCUGCAUGUAGCCUCAGCCAAGUCACCGUAAUACAAGUCAGUAUUCGACCUCCAUCCAUGUCUGAGGACGUCGGGAGAUGACGUGGAAACCGGGCACUAGGGGCAACAUUGAGCGCUGCUACCUUCAAGUUGAAGAAGAACAGUGAUUAAGAGGAAGAUAGAUUCUUGAAGAGGAGAGUGGAGUGGACAGAGUCUUCUCUGUUGUAAAUGUGCACGAGUCUGAGCCGUUCUGAUUGAGGAGAGAGGCGGGUCUUAUCUGCGUCUGGGGGGGAGGACCUUCGUGUCAGAUAACCAAUCAUGGAGAGGACGAGGGCGGGUGCAGCUGUGUUCCUGAUGCUGAUCUUGGGUCACCUAGGCAACGCCCUGGAGGUCCCACUAGACCCUAAAGUUCUGGAAGAAUUGGCGCAGCCGCCAACCAUAACUCAACAGUCCCCCAAGGAUUACAUCAUCGACCCUCGGGAGAACAUCGUCAUCCACUGUGAGGCCAAAGGGAAGCCACAUCCAAGCUUCUCGUGGACCAGAAACGGGACCCACUUUGACAUUGACCAGGAUCCCAAGGUGACGAUGCGACCCCGCUCUGGUACCCUGGUGGUGGACAUCAGUGGGGAGAAGGCCGAGACGUACGAGGGGAUCUACCAAUGUACAGCCAGAAACAAACACGGGGCCGCAGUGUCCAACAAUAUCAUCAUCAGACAGUCCAGGUCUCCCUUGUGGUCAAAGGAGAGGAACGAGCCAAUCAGAGUUCAGGAGGGCGAGGCUCUAGUGCUACAUUGCCGGCCCCCUGCUGGCCUGCCCCCUCCCAUCAUCUUCUGGAUGGACGUCAACUUCCAGAGACUGCCUCAGAGUAGCCGUGUGUUCCAGGCGUUGAACGGAGACUUGUACUUCUCCAACGUUCUGACGGAGGACUCGAGGAACGACUACAUCUGUUACGCCCGUUUCCCUCACACUCAGACCAUCCAGCAGAAACAACCCAUCACUCUCUUAGUGCUCAACCUGGAUGCAUUCAAUGAGACUGUUGCUGCUUUAUUCAAUGAAACAGAUUUUUUUAGUGACGGCUCGGCGGAGGAGAGGAAACCUACUUUCCUCAUCCCUUCUGGCUCCAGCAGCUCCAAGAUGGUGCUGAGAGGACAGGUCCUGGAGUUGGAGUGCGUCACUGAAGGACUUCCCACUCCAGAGGUCUCGUGGAGUAAGCUGAGCGGGGAGUUCCCUGACAAGCGUACCUCCAUCGUGACCUUCCAGAAGAUACUGCGUAUCGUGAACGUGUCCGAUGCCGACGCUGGCGAGUACCGCUGCACUGCCCACAACCGCUUGGCCUCCAUACACCACACCAUCCGUGUCACCGUCAAAGCGGCACCCUACUGGAUCACUACCCCCAGGAACCUGGUGCUGGCCCCUAGAGAGAAGGGUCAAAUUAUCUGUAGGGCCAGUGGUACUCCCAAACCCACCAUCAACUGGGCCAUGAAUGGCAUCCCCAUAGAGAAUUCACCUGAGGACUCCAAUAGGAAGGUGGAAGGUGACACCAUCAUCUUCGAGGAAGUCCAGACUGGAUCCAGUGCAGUCUACCAGUGCAACGCAUCCAAUGAAUAUGGAUAUCUGCUCUCCAAUGCCUUCGUCAACGUUCUCUCUGAAACACCCAGAGUAUUGACUCCAGCUAACCAGGUCUACCAGGUGAUCAGAAACAACCACGCCUUGCUGGACUGUUCCUCCUUCGGCUCGCCCAUCCCCAAAAUCACAUGGUUUAAGGACAGCCAGUCCAGCACCCUGGAAGGGGACCCCUACUUGCUGCAUGAAAACGGGACUCUGGAGAUAUAUGUUGCCCAGGCCCUCAACAGUGGGAAGUAUAUCUGUGUGGCCAGGAACACUCUGGGCAUCGCUGAGAACCACGUCUAUCUGGAGGUCAAAGAGCCAACUCGUAUCCUGAAGCAGCCGAAAUACAAGGUGGCCCAGAGAAACAGGAACGUGGUGUUUGAGUGUAAAGUAAAACACGACCCCACCCUCAUCCCCAUCAUGAUCUGGCUGAAAGACAACGGAGAGCUGCCCGACGACGAGAGAUUUCUGGUGGACUCUGACAGCUUGACCAUAACAGAUGUGACAGAGAACGAUGCUGGAACUUACACCUGCAUAAUGAAUACUACUCUGGACCAUGACUCUGCCAGUGCUGAGCUCACUGUCGUCGAGGCAGCUCCUACUCCAGCUGUCAUCUAUGAACAACCAGACCCUCCUACUGACCUGGAGCUGACCGACAUGAAACCCAGGAGUGUCCAGCUCACCUGGAUACCUGGAGAGGAACACAACAGCCCUAUUCACAAAUUUGUGAUCCAGUACACAGACUCUCUCCACGAUCACGGCCACUGGCACAACCUGACGCAUGUCCCGGGCAGCAAGACCACGGCUCACCUCGAACUGUCCCCUUACGUUCACUACUCCUUCAGAGUCCUGGCGCUGAACGCUGUGGGUCUCUCUGAUCCCUCCAACCCCUCCCACAUGUACAAGACCAACCCUGCAGCUCCAGAUGAGAACCCCAGCGGAGUUAAAGGUUUUGGAACUGAACAUGACAAUCUUAUGAUAUUGUGGAAGCCAAUGUCAGGCCUCCAGGCUAACGGUCCAGGCCUGCAGUACAAGGUGAUGUGGAGACAGAAGGAUGUGGACAAGAACUGGACGUCAGUGACCGUGGCCAACGUCUCCAAGUUCAUGGUCUCUGGGACGCCCACCUUCACACCAUACGAGGUUAAGGUUCAAGCCAUUAACAACAACGGGAUUGGCCCUGAUCCAGCUGUGGUCACUGGACACUCCGGAGAGGACUUGCCGGUGCAGGCUCCAGACAGUGUCCAGGUCCUAGUGUUGAACAGCACCCUGGCUGAGGUGCACUGGGAGCCUGUCCCACCGAAGACAGUACGGGGACAUCUCAAGGGAUACAAGGUGUAUUACUGGCUUGAGCGGAGCCUCCACAAACACAACUCCCACCGUGUGGAGCAGCAGCUUCUGACCUUCAGUGGGAACAAGAGUCAUGGCAUGCUCCCAGGCCUGCAGCCCUACAGCCUCUACCUGUUCAACGUCAGGGUCUUCAACGGCAAGGGGGAGGGCCCCGCUAGCUCCAACCUGCAGUUUGAGACCCCCGAAGGAGUUCCUGGGCGGCCAUCUUUCCUGAGAAUCACCAACUCUAACCUGAACAAUUUGACUCUGGAAUGGGGUCCUCCCAACGACCGCAACGGACACCUCACCGGCUACAUCCUCAAAUACCAGCAAGUCAAUAACUCCAACGAGCUGGGUCCGAUGGAAGAGCUGGCCCUGCCGGCCAACAAGACCUCCGUCACGCUCCCCAACCUCAAGUACAGCACACGCUACAAGUUUUAUUUCAAUGCCAAAACAGGCCAGGGAGCAGGGCCCGCCAUUACAGAGGAAGCCGUCACUAUUAUGGACGAAGUCCUAAUGUAUCAUCCUUCAGUAGACGAGGUUGGAGGAGGGAACACCCGAACCCAAACCUCACCUCCCAUAGCAGGGUCUCCUCCACACCACCCAUUCCACAAGGUGCCUCCAGCGGCUCCGGCAUUCAGGAACGUUAGCUCUUCCGUGGGAGAGGACGGAAUGCUAAUCAGUUGGGAGUACUGGGGAGCGGAAAAACAUGUUUAUCUAGAAUAUAUCAUUAAGAACGACAACACUCUCGGUGAAGAGGAGUGGCACAAAGAGUAUGUAAAUGGAUCUCAGGCCUAUGUGCUGAAGGGCUUAAAGGAGGGCCUGUCCUAUAGGGUACGCGUGGUUGCCAAGGGUCACGACGACCAAGCGGUGCUCCACCAAUCAGAGGAGCUUUUGGUGACCGUUCCAGCUAUGCCAUCCAGACAGGCUGACAUCGCUACUCAGGGCUGGUUCAUCGGCCUGAUGUGUGCCAUCGCUCUCCUCAUCCUCGUCCUCCUCAUCAUCUGCUUCAUUAAGAGGAACAAGGGAGGCAAAUACCCAGUGAAGGAAAAGGAGGACGCUCACACAGACCCAGAGUUCCAGCCCAUGAAAGAGGAUGACUGUACUUUUGGGGAAUACAGUGACACUGAGGACCAUAAGCCGUUAAAAGGGAGCCGCACACCUUCUAACGGGACGGUGCACAGGGACAGCAGUGACGACAGUUUAGUUGACUAUGGAGGUGGAGACGGACAGUUCAACGAGGAUGGCUCUUUUAUUGGGCAGUACAGCGGAAAGAGCUCCAUCAGGGAAACUGCUGAGGCCCCAUCCCCAGUUAAUACAACCGCUAUGAACUCCUUUGUGUAGCCAGUCAACUGGUCAGCCAGGCCACUAGGUGGCGCUACAGUAUAUGAACUCCUUUGUGUAGCCAGUCAACUGGUCAGCCAGGCCACUAGGUGGCGCUACAGUAUAUGCAACUUUUUUGUGUAGCCAGGCCACUAGGCAGCGUUGCAGAUUCUUAUAUAUUCUUUGCGUGGCUAAUUAGACGUUUAUCCUCCCAGCCAAUAGGAGACACUGCGGUGACUGUUCCAUCCCCCAUAUCACAGGGCAAUCACAUCAUUGUGUGGCUUAUCAUCAUCAUCAUUACAUGCCCCACCCAUCUGCACCCAGAACUACCAAUGAGAACCACCCUGCUGUCACAGAUACAUAAGAUACACAUUGGAGAUACUAGAUACUCCUGGAGGACUACGAUUCUUAUACAGUGCAUGGAAAUCCUGAAAUGAUGUACAUCCAUAUAUUAACAUAUUGAGAUUAACACUAAUUAGUAUAUUACACGGAAGAUAUUGUCUAUCUUGGACUACUAUGCGGUUCACAUUUGUAUUAUUUACCAUAUUGUUUUUCCAGUCAAAGCGUUAUCUUUUUUUUUUUUUUUUUUUUUUACCUUUAUUUAACUAGGCAAGUCAGUUAAGAACAAAUUCUUAUUUUCAAUGACGGCCUAGGAACAGUGGGUUAACUGCCUGUUCAGGGGCAGAACGACAGAUUUGUACCUUGUCAGCUCGGGGAUUUGAACUUGCAACCUUCCGGUUACUAGUCCAACGCUCUAACCACUAGGCUACGCUGCCGCCCCAUCUUGAUAUUAUUGUGUAUGUUAAAGGUACUUUUUGUCCCUCAGGGUCACGAUAAAGAGGCAUCGAUGUCUUUGUGGACCUAGUGGUGAAAUGAGUUACUAAAUGUAUGGCUAUUAUUCUAUGUAUUUUUGCAAGACGGGCAGUUUGUACAGUUUAUAUAGUUGUUGUUGCAGAAAGGUUGAAUUAACAAUCACAUAGUGAAAGGUUGAAUUUACAGUAACAAAGGUAAAGGUUGAAUUUACAGUAACAAAGGUAAAGGUUGAAUUUACAGUAACAAAGGUUGAAUUUACAGUAACAAAGGUAAAGGUUGAAUUUAUAGUAACAAAGGUAAAGGUUGAAUUUACAGUAACAAAGGUUGAAUUUACAGUAGCAAAGGUAAAGGUUGAAUUUACAGUAACAAAGGUAAAGGUUGAAUUUACAGUAACAAAGGUAAAGGUUGAAUUUACAGUAACAAAGGUUGAAUUUACAGUAGCAAAGGUAAAGGUUGAAUUUACAGUAACAAAGGUAAAGGUUGAAUUUAUAGUAACAAAGGUAAAGGUUGAAUUUACAGUAACAAAGGUAAAGGUUGAAUUUACAGUGCAGGAUUUUGUACAGUAUGUACUGUAUAUACAGACAGAGAGCUCCUAAAUGUAUUAUUCUUUUGCUGCGAAAGCAAAUGCUGAUGCUAUUCACGCCCUCAUGACGUCAUCCUCAUGACCUUUGACCUGCAUGUGACCUCAUUUCCUGUGGUUGCAACUCACAUGAUCUCACCUGACGGUGACCUUAUGGCUCUUCUUGUCAGACCCCAAGGGCAUGUACUGGCUUCCAACGGCAGCGUUUUUUUUGCUUUUCAAAAUGUCAUGUUCAUUUGUGGUGCUUCAUGGGUGGCCUUCAGCAGUAGUGUGCCUCAGAACUCUGAUUCAGUUCAGUCUAGAUUCAUUUAAAAAAAUACUGUUUUACCCAGAGUUCAGUGAGUGCAACGGGCACAAAGCCAGAGGACUGUGGAGUCACACUCUUGGGAGCAUGAGUUCAGUAGGGAGGGAUGAAACGAUGGAGGACAUCAUAAAGGAAGGAAUACUUCAUAUAGUCAUAUUUUAAAACGCUUUCCAGUGCUUUUUCUCAGAUAUGGGAUUUAUUUUCCUUCCAUCAAGCGGCAUAGAGCAGCCAUAUUAGACACAGCAAAUGCAUUUUAUGUUUAAAAUUCCUUGUUGUUUUCAAAGGUUCUGGUCAUCUAUGAAGUGUUUGUAAUUCUGUGGUGCGUAUGUGCGUGUGCACGUGUGUGUGUGUGUGUGUGCUGUUGUUGAGGGGAUAUUGGUCAUGCAAGGAAAGAGGUGCUCACUCGUAUGAAGUACAUUUGAGGGCCUUUGAGGUGACAAGGGUUCGCAAGCUGUUUUCUUUUCUUAACUUGCAUCAAGUUUUACGUUGUUGUUUUUUUUGUUUUUUUUACAGAAAUGUCAAUUAUUUGUUAAAUUUGUAAAUAUAUAAUUUUGAAUGUACAGAGAAACACAGCUAGAAGAGCUUAAAGGGAUGGUUCACCUAAAUUACAACAUUCAACAACCUGAAAGGAAGAACUGUGCAUGAAAUAGUUUGAGAGAGCUGUGUUCAAUAUAGGCUACUAUAUAUAUAUAUAUAUAUGUUUUUUUUCGUUUUUAUUUCUUUUUUCAUAGCUGUGAACAUUGUACAUUAUUGUAACUAACAGGACAAGAUGUUGCCCAUGAGUUCAGAUUGAAGUUUUUUUUCAUUUGUCAGCAAUAUAGUUGUGUGUUUCUGAAAUGUCACUUCUCUGUAUUAAAUGAAACCAUACAGUACUCAGUAAACUUUGAGAUUUAAUGUACUUUGGAGUGUUAGAUAAGUACUAUAAUGUACUAUAACAUUGUGGUAUUCUGCUUUAUGUGGGUUAUUCAAGCACAAAGUCUACCAAACUCAUCCACUUUGUGACAGUAUUGCAAAACGGUUAUAUUCUUAUUCAAAAACAGUUUCAAGGUUUUUACUAACAAUUUAUGUCUCUUUUCAUUUAUAUUUAAGUUUCUCCACUUUUAGUGCAAGAAUGAAGUGGAAAUAUAAUGAAUGAAUAAAAUCUAAUGAUCUGC